UGGUCAAUAUUUUCAAUAUUGAAUUUGUUGUUCUUUUGGCUUAUACUCAUAAAACAAUGCCAAAAUAAUGCAGAAAGACCUCCUGUGAUGAACUUAUCUAAUUUUGGUGUGUCUCCUUUUUCUUCUGAGUUGUCUUACAGAGAAAAAUAUUAUGAAUCAUGGAAGUAUAACACCUUUUGAGUUGUCUUACAGAGAAAAAUAUUACGAAUCAUGGAAGUGGCACCUAGGGCAACUUAAAGCAUGCAUUGUUAGCAAAUUGAUAAACAAUUUAUCUCAAGUUAUUUUAGGCCAGAAUUUCAACACCCCAUUUCACAUUCACCCUCUUCUCAACCAUCUCCGCGUGGUUGCGAGGAAAAUGAAGGUAAGUCAAGAAUAUAUAUCAAAUUGGCUGAGGUUAAAACCUUAACAGCCGUUUUUGGAAUCCUUAGACAUGGCUAAUGAGCUUUAGAUGGAUGUGCCAAGUGGUCAUUCUUAAGUCAUGUUAUCAAUUGAUGGAUCGUAGUUGAGAAGUGUUAGGUGAUUAUUAUCAUAAAUGUAUGGUUGAGCAGUCGCAGAUUAGCAAUUAAAAAGAAAGAUUUUCCAGGACUGAGCUGAAUUCAGAGAAGAAAAUAUGCAUAGAAUUUGAUUGAAACGUCUACAAACAAGCAAGUUGAGAAGUACAUUAUUACAGUAGUAUCUCUGCUGUCUAUCAGCUACCAACUUGUCUUUCCACUGUGGUCAUCCCUCUAUCUUGAACUGAUGAAUGCUCCUAGGGAAAGACAUGUAUCACAUUGAACUUUCGAUUAAGGUAGCAACAAGGAAGCAUAAGCAUAAUAGCCUUUCAAGGGUUUUUAUCUAAAGAACAACUUGCUCUUAUGAGGGUUUUCUCCUCCAAGUUGGCUUUCCAUAUGUCUAAAUCCACCCAAGGGGUCUUUUUCACUAGUUUAUGAGUUUACUACAGUCUGAUUGAAUCCCAUGAACAUGCAAUUCUAUAUAUAAGGACUAUCUAAAUAUGUAUAGCAUUCAAGCCUCUUGUCCAGACCAGAAGGUCAGAAAAUGGCUCUCGAUUUGAAUCCCUUGCUUUCUUUUACUUUCCUGCAAAUGGGUUAUCAUUCAUCUCCCAAAUUCUCCAUGGCCUCAACGCACUGCUCUGUAUUCAGGGAGGUUAAGAAUCCAAACAAGCCUUUUAGCUCUCCUCACAAGGUGCAAGUAACCCACUCAAUGCCACCACACAAGAUUGAGAUUUUCAAAUCCAUGGAGAAUUGGGUUGAGGAGAACGUUUUAAUUCACCUGAAGCCAGUUGAGAAAUGUUGGCAACCUCAAGAUUUUCUGCCUGAUCCUGCAUCUGAUGGAUUUCAUGAGCGAGUCAAGGAGCUACAGGAGAGAGCUAAGGGGACCCCGGAUGACUACUUUGUUGUUUUGGUUGGAGAUAUGAUCACCGAAGAAGCCCUUCCAACUUACCAAACACAGAUCAACAUCACUGAUGGAAUUCGGGAUGAAACAGGUGCAAGCCCCAGUUCUUGGGCAACUUGGACAAGGGCAUGGACUGCAGAAGAGAACAGGCACGGUGACCUUCUUAAUAAGUAUCUCUAUCUGUCUGGAAGAGUAGACAUGAAACAAAUCGAGAAGACGAUUCAGUAUUUGAUUGGGGCUGGAAUGGAUGCUCAGAACGAUAACAGUCCCUACCUUGGCUACAUCUAUACUUCAUUUCAAGAAAGAGCAACCUUCAUAUCGCAUAGCAACACUGCAAGGCUUGCCAAGGAGCAUGGGGAUAAGAGCUUGGCUCAAAUAUGUGGCAUAAUAGCCUCAGAUGAGAAGCGCCAUGAAACUGCCUACACCAAGAUAGUGGAAAAGCUCUUUGAGAUUGAUCCCAAUGGAACUGUUUUGGCUUUUGCAGACAGGAUGAGGAAAAAAAUCACCAUGCCGGGCCUCUUGAUGUAUGAUGGCUGUGACGACGACCUUUUUGAACACUUCUCAGCAGUUGCUCAGAGGCUUGGUGUGUAUACUGCCAAGGACUAUGUUGAUAUCUUAGAAUUCUUUGUGGAGAGAUGGAAUGUGGAAAAGCUAACUAUGCUUUCUAGUGAGGGGCGAAAAGCUCAGGAUUAUGUUUGUGGUUUAGCUCAAAGAUUGAGAAAGCUGGAGGAGAGAGCUCAAGAAAAGGCUCAGCAAGCACCCACCAUUCCUUUCAGUUGGGAUCUCUGAUAGAGAAGUGAAACUCUGAGUGAGCUCAAAUUUUGUUUUGUUGAAUUGAAAAGUCACAAUUUUGAAGAUUAAUUAGUGAUAAUUCAAUUCACUA